AUGACUUCUCUAGAAUGGGGCUUUAACACCACGGGCCUUUCCGUCGUGCAAGCAUAUGCUGACAGGGUCAACGGAAAGACUAUUCUCAUCACCGGCCCGAGCCCUGGCGGCAUCGGGGCCAAGAUUGCUUCCGACCUUUGCCAGGGUGCUUCACCAGCACGUAUCAUCCUAGCAGGGCGAAACAUUUCCAAGAUUGAGCCUCUCGCGGCCGAACUGCGCCAGGUGAAGCCGUCAGUUAGCGUCGACAUCGUCUCGCUCGACCUUGGCUCCCUCGCCUCUGUUCGCCAGGCAGCCAAAGAAGUUACCCAGCUAACCGAUCGCCUCGACUACCUCUUCAACAAUGCUGGCAUCAUGGCCACAAAAGAGUUUGCCAAAAGCGUCGAUGGUAUUGAGGUCCAGUUUGCCGUCAACCACAUUGGCCACUUUCUCCUUACGGGGCUCUUGCUGCCUCUCAUCAAGCAGGCGGCCGCCACCGCGGCGGCAGCGGGCGACUUGACGCUCCCGACGCGCGUCAUCAAUCUCUCGAGUAACGGGUAUAUCUUCGAGGGGAUCCGUUCUGAUUACAACUUCCAGGAUGGAAAAGAGUACGACCCUUGGCGCGGAUACGGCCAGGCUAAAUCGGCCAACAUCAUCUUUGCACGCUCUCUCGCCAACAAACUUCGCCACCUAAACGCGACUUCCUUUUCCGUCACCCCCGGUCUUGUUCUCGAGACGAACUUGCAGGACACUGUCGACCGAGACGUGUGGGGGAGCGUGGGAUCUGCCUACGACAAGGCUUGGGAGGGCAGGGACAAGCCGCCGUUCGAGGAACAGAAGCCUCUGGCCUGUGGCACCUCGACACCUCUGAGGGCGGCACUGGAUCCAGCUCUGGCAAGUACCCCUGGCGAGUACCUCAUGGACUGUCAAAUUGUGCCAGAUGGUGCCAAGCUGGAUCACAUUAUCGGUGAUCAAGUUGGCGACAAGCUCUGGGCGCUCAGCGAGGAAAUCGUCAAGCAAAAGGUCUUGGUCUGA